AUGGCUAAGGGACAAAUAAUCACUUUUCAGGACCAUGAAAAUUUUAGGUUACGGCUCAUACUUUCCACUCUAGCUGGAAAACCAAUCAAAAUUGAAAAGAUACGGUCACAUGAAUUGAAUCCUGGUCUCAAAGAUUAUGAAGUUUCAUUCCUAAGGCUCUUAGAAAAAGUCACAAACGGUUCAGUUAUAGAGAUUUCCUACACAGGUACCACAGUUAUAUACAGACCCGGAAUAAUUAUAGGGGGGGUAUUAACCCAUGAUUGUCCGGUUAGCAAGCCAGUGGGAUAUUUCAUUGAGUACAUGCUAUUUCUGGCCCCAUUUUCUAAGGAAAAAUUCUCUAUUGUAUUUAAAGGUAUAACUUCGUCAAAAGAAGAUGUUGGAGUCGAUCUAUUGAAAUGGGGUUUCUUGCCCGUGAUGGAGAACUUUGGAGUCAGAGAGUGCAGUAUACACACAUUGAAAAGAGGAUCUCCACCACUAGGAGGUGGUGAAGUACAUCUCCUCUGCAACUCUUUAAUAGCCCAGCCAAUAACGAUUCAUGCUUUAGAAAUCAACAAAAUCUCGUCUAUCAGAGGUAUCGCCUACUGUACGAGAGUCAGUCCCAGUAUCGUCAAUAGAAUUGUGAGCUCUGUAAGAGAUGUGUUACGAAACACCAUUGGAUGUGAAGUCAAUAUCACAACGGAUGUAUGGAGGGGUGAAACUUCCGGAAAAUCUCCUGGUUUUGGGUUGACAUUAUUUUCUGAAUCUAAAAAGGGAAAGAACUGGAGAUAUUGCAUCGAAGAUAUAGGUUUGGCCAGAGAAACGCCAGAAGAUAUCGGUGAAGCCACCAGUUAUAAAUUCUUGGAACUUUUGGAAAACAGUGGAGUGAUAGGAAGGAAUCAAUUACCAUUGGCUUUGACGUAUAUGACGAUUGGAAAGGAAGAUAUUGGUAGAUUGAAAGUCCACAAAAGUCAAAUCGAUGCUAAAUUGGUUACCAUGUUAAGAGAUAUCAAAAGUGUUUUUAACACUCAAUUCCUUUUCAAGCCCAGCCCUGAAGAAGCUGAAGAAGAUUAUUUGGUGGCCACGGUAAAAGGUGUUGGCUUUACUAACACUUCCAAAAAAGUAGCAUAA